AUGGACGAGGGCCGCCCCCGCCGCGUCAGCCACCGGGCCAAGCAGAUGAAGCCAACCAUGGCGCCGUGGCUCUCACUGCUCGCACUCCUCUCGUCGUCAACCUUGAUGUUGCAGCUGUUUUCUCCUGGGGCGAGUGAAGUUGUAUUGACUCCCUACUUCUUUGUGUUUGCUCUCGCGUCUUCCAACAUCCCACCACACAUGAUCAACCAGAACUUGAAUAACGGGAAUUAUCCAAACCAGCCGCCCCAGGCGUUCGUGCCGGACACUAGCCGAACUGGUAGUUCGACCGGUGGCUUUUUGGCACCGCGGAGGUCCGGGUCCACAGCCUCUCUUGGUGAAGGUACGCCCAUGAUGUCGGCCCGGCGGAUAUCCUGUGUAAAAACGUCCCCACCCCAGAGUUGUCAUGCAGAUUUGCCAGGACAGGAACAUUUGUGAUGCGCAACCCCAUGACAGGCAUUUUCAAUCGUGUUUGGGAACUUGUAAUGCUGUAAACAGGAUCAGAAGGUCGAUUUGUGAUGCGGCUUUCCUUGCCAACUUGCACUACCUUACGGACUGAAACUUGUCAUGCGUGACUCCUAAAACUCCUAGGUUUGUGUUGCAAAAUCCCCAUCCUGACUCUGGUGUGGGUACGUUUUUACUCAAGAUAGCGGACCACGGCACCGCUGCCGCUCGGUGGUUUCAACCUGCCCACAGGAUCAACAGCGGGACUAUAUCAAAAGGAAAAACCCCCCCUCCCCAUAUCGAAAACGAAAUUUGUGUUGCUGUAUUUGAGUACACAGAUCACGUUUGUCUUGCAGUAAAGGACUGCACGCAGAUCGCAAGCCUAAGGGGGGGCCUCUUGGUGUAGGGCCCUAGCAUGGCAGACGUCUGCCCUAUAGGCCUUGCAGCAUUACAAAUCGCCUGCAUAUCGUCGCGGACUCUCUGAGUUUGCCCUCUUGCAAGGGAGACAGGAUUUGUGGUCACAAAUCAGCAUGGCAAAUUUUUAGAAGCAUACCUUUUCAGUAUGGGGAGGGGGGAUUUUUCCUUUUGAUAGACUAUCAGGAGUUGUCACUCCUCGUGCACCACCAACGUCCACCACCUUUCCGCUGCAGCCGCCGCAGCUCUUUGUCCCCCAGUUGCAAUCCCACCAGGGGAUCCACCCCAAUGCGUUUCAAAACCCGCUACUGCAGCAGAUGUCUUCGGCGCCCAGUACUUCUUCUUCUUCUAUGGGGGUGAAUUUUCCGAUGCAUCAGUUCGGCGUCGGGGGUGCGGCCAUGUUUGCAGCAAACCGGAACUUUCAACAACCGAACGCGAUUCUGGCCUCCGGUGCAGCUAGUGGAGCCGGGACGCCAGGUCUACCGCCACCCAACGCGAUCGGGUCUUUGCAACUACAGCCGAAGUUGAACUCGAUUUUUGGUUCCGGGGUAGUUGUGCCACCAGGGGUAGUUGUGCCCCCGGCUUUAUCCGCGAGAACUUCUUCUAUCGAGGGCACAGAAAGUCCUUCGACGACCCAGCCGGUGCCAAUCAAGCCCCGGUUGCAUCGGGUGGCGUAUGAAGAUUCCCCGAUGGAUCAUCAACAACAGCAAGGGAUAACUACUCCCGGUGAAGAAGGUCGCGCACCAGGUGCGGCUGCUGCGUCGUCUGCGACGUCUUCUGUGCAACCAGAAAAUAAUGUUGCCCAGGGCGAUAGUGCACAAGACCAGGAGGAAGAAGUGUACCAAUUGACGCCCGUUAAAGGCUUUGUGGAGCCGAACUAUCCUCCUCGACCUGUGCAAAUGACCAGAGUUGUUCGUGCGCCGCAGAGCACGGCAGAAAACGACAACGACUCAUCUUCUGGGGACGAAACCACACAAGAACGAGCGUCGCUAGACAGCAAAACCAGAAACACGGCAGCGGGAGGAGCUGCACUUCCACCGGCCGGCGUCGGUAGCUCUACUCCCUUAACCUCGGAGAGGACAAUAUCGGAGGCCACGCUGAAUUUAGCAGAGCAAGAUGAUCAAGAAGUUCAAGGCAGAAUGAAUGCCGACCAGGAGGAGCCGACAAGCCCCUUGCGACCCGCUUUGGCGGCCUUGCAACUAGACGACGAUGUCGGAACAAAGAUGCACAGCACAGAAGAUGAACAACAGCAAACGGCGCGGUUUGGAGGUGCAGCUGCUGCUGGACCAGAUGGAAUGGACACCAGCGCACAGCAGAAUCCAGCAGAAAAAACGUACGAUCCACUGGACAUUGAUGAAUCCGACGAGGAAGGUGUAGUACCAAGUGAGGCAGCAGGAGCAGGAAGUGGCUCUAGCGCCACGCAGUCUGGCAGUGGUGUCCAGGAUGUGAAUGAAAAUUCUUUGCCGACGUUCAACGAGAAUUACAAGGGGUUCCUUCUGCAGCAACCAGACACAGCAGUAGACUCUGUCCAGCAGGGGCCCGAGGAGGGUGAGGAAUUGCCAGGACCCCCUGGAACAGAAGGUGCUUCCGUCAGUAUAUUAUGACUUCAUGCUUUUGUUCCCGCUUUAACUUUUGCUUUUCGCACCAGCUCUGAAUAAAUGAAUCGAUUCAACAAAGAGCGCCACGAAGACGUUCCCAGCAUACGAUGUUUGAUAAUCUGUGACAAUCUAUACCUGCCCGCUCGCGGACCACUGGUGUCCACUGCUAGAGUAGAUCUACACGAUUCAUCAACAACAAUGCUCGAUGACAUCAAACAACAGGCGAAGCACUUCUAAAUUCCUCAGAUAUGAAGAUCUCGAGCACGCUUUCCGCGGUGGAAACAGGCGGAAGUGAGGCCAACAACUGCGAUGUAACAACACCCGACGAGAAAAAUACAGCGGCGACCGGCUCUUCUAUGAGUACUAACUCCUGUACAGCGACAACCUCGACGGUUGUUCAGGACCGGUCUUCCAAUCGUGCCGAUUUCACCACGGGUGGACAACUAGUACCCGAAGCAACCACCACAACUGCGGGCAUUGAUGAAGAUGAUGACCAAGGUCGACAGGAUCAAGAAGAAGAAGGAGAUCCAGACGCGGAUAACACCUCUUCCCCGACCGGCACUACAGGAGGAGCUUCUUCUACCACAAAUUCGUCUUCGCCGGGAAACAAUAUUAUUGUUGCCAGGUCGGUGAAUUUGGACGGAGGAAACACAAAUAGCGCUAGUACAGCAACGAUCCUUGGUGAAGACGAUACCGACGGCUUGGUGGAGCGAAGGGAAAUUUCCGAAUCGACGUUAUCCCCUGCUGGUGCGACUGGUUCUUCUGGUCUUGUCGUUCCUCCGACAGAAGGUUCGACUACUGUCACGACUUUGUCGACCAAUGAUGGCACCAAUCAGCCGCCGGGUACUAGUAGUACCGCGGAACAAACAAGUAGUACUGUUGCGACAGAAGGAGCCAGCACGGAGGAACAUACUGGAGCUGCAACUGCUGGCUCGUCUUCUUUCGCGAACAUUUUUUCCUCGCCCCUCUUCUACAUCGGGGGUGGAGCCUCGGUUGCGGUGGUGUCUUUGGGGGUGUGGAAAAUACAGCAGAUCAGGAACACCGAGUUGUGAGAAAGAACAGAGUCAAUUUCAGCACAACUCCUCUGGAAGCUCUGCGUGAAAUUCCGAUUCGUUUUAUCGUACAUUAUGAAAGAAAUUUUGGAUUUACAAGAAAAGGAAUCGACAUCUUCGUGGUAAACUCCAUACAUUGUUUUGGAAAUGAGUAGGACUAGUACUACAGUGGAAAUGUAUAAGUUUUUCAAAAUGAAAACGUUUGUUUCGCUUUGUCACCUUCUGUCAAGAAGAAAAAAAUGAAUUUAAAUUAUUAAAAGCACAAAAACUUUCAAAAUGCUGAGAAUCUGCAAAACUUGAAUUGAAUACAGCAAACUUUUACGUUGUGUUGUCCUUCUGCGAAAGAAUGAUUUUUUUUUUUUGCCUUCAACACCGUGUAGGAAGAUUGAACUUUGAUAAUUAAUA